GGUGGGGUGAACCAGGGUGAACAAGUGCUAUUACUUAACUGUAUACAUACAACUGUAUAUAAAAAAAAUAAGCAAAGUAAAUUUUAAGUGUUUUGUUAAUUUCAAAUAAUCAUAAACAAGAAAAUGUCAGGACCAAUGGUAUUGUGCCAAUUAUGGAUGGGUGGAUUAGAGCCAUAUAUGACAGAAAGUUUUAUAAUGAAUGCAUUUCACAAAAUGGGAGAGCAACCGCAAACUGUUAAAGUAAUGAGAAAUCGCUAUACGGGUGAACCAGCAGGGUAUUGUUUUGUACAUUUUCCAACUGAUGAAAUGGCACUUGAUGCGAUGCACAAAUUAAAUGGCAAAGUGAUUCCUGGUUCUAAUCCAGCUGUAAGAUUUCGAUUAAAUCAUGCUAGUACAACAGGAAAACCAGCAGCUGAAAGAGAAUUUAGUAUUUGGGUUGGCGAUUUGUCAACAGAUGUAGACGACUAUUCUUUGUAUAGAGCUUUUGCAGCAAAAUAUAAUUCAAUUAGAACUGCAAAAGUAAUUUUAGAUAGUUCUGGAUUUAGUAAAGGAUAUGGUUUUGUCAGAUUUGCCAAUGAAGAAGAACAGAAAAACAGUUUAGUAACCAUGAAUGGAUAUAGAGGACUAGGAACAAAAUCGCUAAAAAUUUGUAAUGCUGUUCCUAGACCAUGGAACAAAAUAUCAGGAUCUACCCCUCCACAAUCAUCAUCUGAUUAUACAGCAUCAAACAUGAAUUCAGAUGCGUAUAACUACUAUGAUACAUCAUCGUACUGGAACAGUUAUAGUGCAUGGCAACAGGGUUAUUAUGAAAGUGAACCUACAUCCGAUGGAUAUAAUAGUUACAUUUCAGACCAGAAACCUGAAGAAGAUGAAUUAGAAUUAAUUGAGCAUUCAGUUCCUGUAGAUAUUGAUAAACUUAAUAGAGAAAUAAUAGAACAGGAUUAUAAUUUAUGGGAUGCAUUGGAAAGUUCAAAAUGGAUUCCAUGUGACACACUAGAAUUAUGUUAUUAA